AGUGAAAUGCGGAACCUGGAACCGUGACUGAAGGACAGAAGCAAAGAUCUCACGGCUGGAGCUCUAAGGCUGCUUGCAACUCACAGACGCUCUACUGCUGCCAAAACAAGUCUUUGUUUGACUCUAGGACUGCUGGGUAAUGGCUGUUCUCAGGGCUUUUCUCGCUCUUGGCGUCUGCCUCUUGCUGGGUGAUCAAACGUUGGCUAAAAAUGAUGCUCCCUGCCAGCUCUCCAAAUGGAACAACGGUUACAACACCUUCGUCAAACGCCACAUUCGCUCUGGCACCCCCACGUCUCUGGACCAGAACGAAUGGGAGAAGUACAUCAGGAAUAACGGGGGCUGUGACAGACCCACGCAGUCCUUCCUCAAACAAAAAGACCUGGACAUGGUGAAGGAUGUGUGCACGGACAAAGGGGGGAAGACCUUUAAGGAGAACCUGUGCAUCAGUAAGCAGUCUUUCACUUUUGUCACGGUGAGGAGUGAGCCGGGGACGUGCGGCAUCAGGAGCGUCCGAGAGGAAACCAAACAUCUGAUCCUGGCCUGUGAGGUGCUGGAGAAUCAGUGCCUGCCAGUCCAUUUUGAGGGAAACCCUGAGAACUUAAAACCAGGUAACAACGCCAAAAGCUGCCAGGACCCAAAGGCCAAAGGUCACGCUCCCAGCUUUAAAAUGACGUGGCUGCCGUUGCUAUCUGUUCUCCUUGUUAUUAUUCAUGGCUAUUAACUUUAUUUAGUUUGAGAAACUAGAAAAGAAAAGAGAAAGAAAAUUAAGCUUUUGUACGAGUGCAGUUUACACAUUUCAGCAAAAUCUUUUCAGCUUUUGUAACUGAAUGUGAAAAGUUUUUGCCUCUAACACAGUAUAAGGUCACCAGCACAUCAACCAUAUUUUUUGGAGGAAUUUAAAAUUUUUUCAAAUGUAUUUUUGUAACAUGUUUGUACUGUUAUAUGUGUGGGCCUGCGUUUUCCUGUGUGCGUGCAUCCCAGACAUGCUGAAUUCAAGUUGUUUACAGUGUUGUGUGUAUUUUAAAUGAAUGGGGCACACAUGACAUUUGGCAUACAGAAGGGAUUUAAUCGCGUCCAAUUAAAAGAUUUCACUACAGAAAUUUCAACAGUGU